AUGGUAAACGAAGAAGAAAGUAAUGCUUCCGCUCUCAAAUUUUGGUCUGAAGUACAGUUACCAGAUGCACCGGUGGUGUCUCCUUAUACUUUGUCUAGUUCCGACAACCCCAGGGCUAUGAUCUCGUCUGUUUUGUUAACCGGUGAUAACUACAAUAAGUGGGCAACUGAGAUGCUCAACGCUCUCCAAGCCAAACAAAAAACUGGUUUCAUAAAUGGAGCAAUUGUACAACCAGCUCGUGAUGAUCCUGACUAUGAGAAUUGGUUGACAGUGAACUCGAUGAUUGUUGGGUGGCUACGAACCUCUAUUGAACCUAAGGUUCGAUCUACCGUUACUUUCAUCACCAAUUCUCAUCACCUGUGGUCGGAUUUGAAGCAACGUUUCUCAGUGGGAAACAAGGUGCGUGUUCACCAAAUUCAAGGUCAGCUUGCCUCAUGUCGCCAAGAGGGACAAUCCGUCAUAGAUGUUUCUGGUGGAAAUAGGCAUGUGGGUUUCCUUGCUCAUACUGAUGUUUCUGGUGGAAAUAGACCUGACUCUAUCUUAAACAAGGGACGCCUCUCGUGUUCUCAUUGUGGAUGUACCGGUCAUGAGAAGCGCGAUUGUUGGCAAUUGGUUGGUUUUCCGGACUGGUGGACAGAACAUAAUGAGAAGGGUCCCAAUGGCCGUGGUACAAGUAGUCGAGGAAGAGGUGGUCGUGGUUCUAGUCCUGCCGGUGGCGGUCAUGGACGCGAUGAUCAUCUUCGCGCCUUGACUCAGCUUCUUCAAGAGAAAUCCACCAAUGCCAAUCCAAGUCCUGCGGGUUCCGACAAGUUGUCUGGUAAGCUUAAUCUUGGCAAUGUCAUCUUGGAUACAGGUGCGUCCCAUCAUAUGACUGGGACGUUAUCCUUGUUAACCGAUGUUGUUCCUAUCCAACCAAGUCCGGUUGGAUUCGCUGAUGGUAGUAAGGCGUUUGCUGUUAGUGUGGGAGUGUUUCCUCUUUCAAACAAUGUCAAGUUGACAAAUGUUCUCUUUGUGCCAUCGUUAAACUGCACAUUGAUCUCUGACCAUUUUUCGAAGAAUUUGAUUGGAAGCGGUGAAGAGCAUGAUGGUGUGUAUUACCUAACGGAUGUAGCUACAACGAAGAUUCAUAUGGCUAAAGGAUUUCCUGAUCAAGCUUUAUGGCAUAGGCGUUUAGGUCAUCCGAGUUUCUCUGUUCUUUCAGCUUUACCUCAAUUUAAACGUGUUUACUCUUCUGUUAGUUCCUCGUCUUGUGAGUACACGGAACGACAGUUUGGAAAAACUGUUAAGACGGUUCGUAGUGACAAUGGGACGGAGUUUAUGUGUCUUGCAUCUUAUUUUCGUGAAAAUGGUAUCAUUCAUCAAACAUCUUGUGUUGGGACACCGCAACAGAACGGUCGUGUCGAACGCAAGCAUCUUCAUAUUCUUAAUGUUGCUCGGGCUUUGCUGUUUCAGGCAAGUUUACCAAUCAAGUUUUGGGGUGAAGCAGUUCUAACAGCUGCAUAUUUGAUAAACCAAACUCCGUCUUCUAUUCAAUCUGGUUGUUCUCCUUAUGAGAUUCUUCAUAAAAGCAAACCGGAUUAUGAUCAACUUCGUGUUUUUGGGUCAGCUUGUUAUGUUCAUCGUCUAACACGUGAUAAGGACAAAUUUGGACAGCGUAGUAGGGUGUGCGUAUUUGUUGGUUAUCCUUUUGGCAAAAAGGGAUGGAAAGUCUUCGAUAUUGAACGGAAUGAAUUUUUGGUGUCUUGCGAUGUUGUUUUCCAAGAAAACGUGUUUACUUUUGCCACAUCACAUGGUUCUUCUCCGUUGUCUGUUCCUCCUUUGGUUGUCUCCGGUGAUGAUGACUGGUUGGUUCCGACUUUGUACGACAGGGGGAGUCCUGCAACGAGCCUUCCUUCUGAUCAAGACAACAACACCGGUGGAGAUUUACUUGUUGUUGGUCUGGAUCCUAUGCCAUCAUCGGCGCCUCCUAUUGUUGACAACACAGAAGAUGUCUCUUCUGUUCACCCAGACUCUGCUACUCCACUAACGCCUGCAAUAACUGGUUCUCCAGACAGUCCGGACUCUGUUUCUGCAAUUGUUUCGGUUCCACAGUCGGUUCCCACUCCUCCGUCGAAACACUGUAAGAGCAUUCGUACUACACAACCUUCUGUGAGGUUACAAGAUUAUGUCCUCUAUAAUGCUACACACACACCAUCACAUCACGCUCUUCCCGGCUCACCUACUCAGUCUUCGACAUUGGUGCAAGGUACGUCUCCUUAUCCUCUAACAGAUUUUGUGUCUGAUGAAAAUUUUUCCCCUAGCCACCAUGCUUACUUGGCUGUUAUCACUGCUAAUACGGAGCCAAAGCAUUUUAAGGAAGCUGUUAAAAUCAAGGUUUGGAAUGAUGCUGUUGUUAAAGAGGUUGAUGCUUUGGAACUUCUUCGGACUUGGGAUGUGUGUGAUUUGCCUCCUGGCAAAAUCGCCAUUGGCUGUCAAUGGGUCUUCAAAAAUAAGUAUAAUUUCGACGGUAUGUUGGAACGUCACAAGGCUCGCCUUGUUGCUCUUGGCAAUACUCAAGUUGAGGGGGAGGAUUACAGGGAAACUUUUGCUCCUGUUGUUCGUAUGACGACAGUUCGUACUCUUCUUCGUCUUGUGGCUGCUAAUCAAUGGAAGGUUUAUCAGAUGGAUGUUCAUAACGCCUUUCUCCAUGGUGAUCUUGAAGAGGAUGAAGCUUCCUCCUGGUUUUCGUCAUUCUCAUCCUGGCAAAGUUUGUCGCCUUCACAAGUCUCCGUAUGGUUUAAAACAGUCCCCGCGUUGCUGAACAUUGAAUUACGGGUGUUAAUCUAUGUUGAUGACCUUAUCAUUUGUGGAAAUGAUGGGCACAUGCUUACGAAGUUUAAAGAGUAUCUUGGUCGUUGUUUUGCAAUGAAGGAUUUGGGCAAACUGAAAUAUUUUCUUGGUAUCGAAGUAAGCCGUGGUCCGGACGGCAUUUUCUUGACACAACGUAAAUAUGCUCUUGACAUCAUUGCUGAUACUGGUAAUCUUGGUUCUCGUCCAGGUUAUACUCCUCUUGAACAGAAUCAUCGUCUUGCUUCCGAUGAUGGUCCUUUGCUUUUGGACCCUAAGCCUUACCGUCGUUUGGAGUCUCCUGGUCAGGGUAUUAUGCUUAAGGCGGACAUGGAUUUGUCCAUUGAUGUAUAUUGUGAUUCGGAUUGGAGUUCUUGCCCGAAAACUCGUCGUUCCUUAAGUGCUUACGUUGUACUACUCGGUGGUUCGCCCAUUGCUUGGAAAGCUAAGAAGCAGGACACAGUUUCCCAUUCGUCCACCGAGGUCGAAUAUAGGGCUAUGUCAUUUGCACUUAAGGAGAUUAAAUGGUUGCAUAAGUUGCUCAAGGGUUUUGGUAUCAACCGCGCUGCGCCUACUCGUUUGUUCUGUGAUAGCAAGGCAGCUAUUCAUAUCGCCUCUAAUCCAGUGUUUCAUGAACGUACUAAGCAUAUUGAGAAUGAUUGUCAUGCUGUUCGGGAUGCUGUUCGUGAUGGCAUUAUUACUACUGAACAUGUUCGCACCACUGAACAGUUAGCGGAUAUCUUUACAAAGACUCUUGGUCGUGAUCAGUUUCAUUAUAUUAUGUCCAAGUUGGGGGUUCAGGAUCUUCACACUCCAACGUGA